AUGAGGUGGCUCAACAGUCUGUGGCCUGGAGAGUUCAGGUGGCUUAUACCUCUGACAAGGCUGGGUUACCAACGGCCGCUGCAAGAGGAAGAUUUAUAUGCCUGUCGUGAUGAGGAUGACAGUCGUGUAUUGGGUGAUACCCUCCAUAGGGAAUGGGAGAAAGAGUGCCAGGAAAGCAAGACAAAUAAGAGGAAACCCAAAUUUUACAAGGCAGUUUUGAGGUGUUUCAGACACUCCAUCAUCACAGCAAGUGUUGUUGCAGGCAUUCAGGAAUUUUUUAUAAAGAUUGGGCAACCAUUGCUCCUUGUGGAGUUAAUUCGCUAUUUUUCCGGAAAAGAAGGCUACACAGAUGUCCAUGGUUGGAUCUAUUCCUCUGGCAUUGGAGUUCUUUCUCUUAUUUAUGUUUUCACACAUUUUGUUUAUGGGUGGAUAACUGACAUAUAUGGGAUGCAAAUCAGGAUAGCAUGCAGCACCCUUGUCUACAGAAAGAUGCUGCGAGUGAGCACAAGAGCAGCAAGCAAGACACCAGUUGGACAGAUGGUGAACAUGUUCUCCAAUGAUGUAGGCUAUUUUGAUACAUGUUCUUCUUUCUUGUGCUAUGCUUGGAUUGCACCUAUUCAGGGAAUUAUUGCUCUGGGAAUUUUGGCAAGUGAGCUGGGGCCAUCCUGCCUGCCUGGCUUUGUAUUGCUUGUAUUUCUGUUCCCAAUACAGAGUCUUAUUGGCAAGGGUUUCUCAAAGGUGAGGCUGGCCACUGCCAAACAGACAGAUAAGCGGGUGCGACUCAUGCUUGAAUUUAUCAAUUCCAUACGGGCAAUCAAGAUGUUUACCUGGGAGAAACUCUUCAUUGAUUUUUUGGAAACUGCAAGGAAGUAUGAACUGGAAGAGAUAAGAAAAAAAAAUGUGCUUCAGUCCCUCAAUGCAUCCAUCUUUAAUACACUGACAAAAGUAAUGGUUUUUCUGUGUCUGGUUACAUAUGUGUUGCUGGGCUUCCCAUUUCAAGCAGAAAAGGUGUAUCUGACAGUUACCCUAAUCACCAGUGUUCAUAAUUCACUUGCUGUGUACUUUCCUAUGGCUGUGAUUGGAGCUGCAGAAUUUUAUAUGUCCUGUCUUAGAUUGCAGAGUAAGCUGGAGAUGGAGGAGAAAGAUAUCACUGGAUUUAUUCAACAUAUAAAGCCUCAUUCAAAACCUAAGGACUGUCGCUUGACUGUGUAUGAAGUGACAGCCAGAUGGAACUGUGUAGCCAAGGAAAACAUCAUAAGUAAUGUGUCAUGUUCAGUGAAAGCUGGAGAUCUGCUGGCCAUUGUUGGUCUUGUUGGAUCAGGAAAGACCUCAUUUCUGAAUGUCAUCCUGGGAGAGCUUCCUGCUCAUGUUGGGAGGGUCUUUGUCCAAGGCAAGAUAAGCUACGCCUCCCAGGAGCCAUGGGUGUUCUCUGGCACUGUGCGGGAGAAUGUUGUCUUUUGUCAGCCAUUUAAUGAAAAGAAAUACCUGGAGGUUAUUAAAGUAUGUGCCUUAGAGCAGGACCUAAAGGAGUUGCCGAAUGGAGACUUCAGUCUGGUGGGGGAACACGGCACAGCCCUCAGUGGUGGGCAGAAAGCACGGGUCAACUUGGCCAGAGCCAUAUACAAUGAUGCUGAUAUAUACCUGCUCGAUGACCCACUGAGUGCUGUUGAUACCCGUGUGGGUCGUCAUAUUUUUGAUAAGUGCAUUAUGAAGUACUUGAGGCACAAAGUAAGGAUCUUGGUGACCCACCAGGUCCAGUAUCUUAAAGAAGCCUCCAAGAUUCUCGUCUUGAAAGAAGGACACGUACAUGCAUAUGGGGCAUAUACACAACUGGUGAAUAGUGGCAUUGACAUUGGAUCUUUGGUAAAAGAAAAGGAGAAUACCUCAAUAUUAUCUGAAGAAGGAGUUGUAAAGUCUAAGCAAGACAAUAACAACAUUGAAAGUCAAAAGAUAACUGCCAGCCAUGCAGAACAGAAACAGAACUUCACAGCUCCUUUGACCAAUGGUGUACCUCAUGAAUGUUCCAAACAGAUUGGUUGUUCAAAUAAGGAAAUUAAGUAUGAUGAAGAGGACAGACUAAGUGGAUCAGUCAAUGCUGCUUCCUUCACUAAAUACUUUAAGGCUGGUCUCGGCUGGCCCUUCCUUAUCUUCUUCCUGCCCAUGAAUUCCAUUGUGCUAAUCAUGACUUUAGGAUCAGAUUAUUUCCUUUCAUACUGGACAAAUAAGGAACAACUCAUUGCUGAGUCUAUGAUGAACAUGUCAGAGUCAAACACAGUAGAAGAAACAAACUCUUCAUUUAUUGAUGUCACUCCCUCUGAUGACUUGCUAGAUAGAACACUCAAUAUAUACAUAUAUUCAGGUUUGGUUAUUGGAAUGUUUGUGGGUGUGUUUCUUCGAUCAUUUUUUUUCUUCUGGGCCUGCAUUAUGUCUUCACGGGGCCUACACAAGAACACAUUAUGGGCUGUUAUUAGAUGCCCCAUGAAGUAUUUUGAUUUUCGACCUGCAGGUCAGAUUCUGAACAGAUUUUCAAAGGAUCUUAGUGUAGUUGAUGAAAAACUCCCUAAAGAGCUGUUGGAUUCUUUGAAUAUUGUGCUAUCUGUGGUGGGCCUGCUUGCAUUAGUUGCUUCAACCAAUCUUUGGCUACUGGUGCCUGCAGUACUCUUCAUGGUCUUUCUUGUUGCCCUCCGAUGCAUAUGCCUCCCCAUAUUGUGUGACCUCAAGCGUAUCGAAUCAAUUGCCCGCAGCCCUGUGCUUACCCACCUGAGUGUCUCACUGCAGGGCCUCAUCACAGUGCGAGCCUUUGAGUCACAGGAUUUCUUCAUGAAUCAGUUUGAUGAGUUGCAAAACUUUCAUACUUCAGUCUGGUUCAUACUUUCAGCCUUGAAGAGAGGUUUUGUUUUUUCUUUGGACACUAUAUCGGCCAUCUAUAUCUGCUUUGUUUCCCUCAGCUUCAUGGGCUCUCAAAAUACCCUUGUAGGAAAUCUUGGCCUGGCUAUAUCCUCAGCCUUGAGCCUGUCAGGUAUGCUUUUCUGGGGUGUAUAUCAGACAACUGAGGUGCAAAAUCAGCUGAUUUCAGUUGAGCGUCUGCUGGAGUACUGUGAUUUGGAACCUGAAGCACCAUGGGAAAUUGAAGGUAAAACUCCGAAUACUGAAUGGCCAGAACAUGGCAUCAUUUCCUAUGAAGAUGUCUCCCUGCAGUACAGUGAAUAUGAAGCACCCGUAUUGAAAAACCUCACUUUCUGUAUUAAAGGAAGUGAAAAGGUGGGCAUUGUAGGACGGACAGGAGCUGGAAAGUCUUCUCUGGUAUCCUCUUUGUUCCGCCUCACUGAGCCAAGUGGUAAUAUUCGCAUUGACAGCGUUAAUGUAAAGGAGUUGGGCCUCCGUGAUGUGCGAGGACAUCUCUCUAUUAUCCCUCAGGAUCCUGUGCUCUUCUCAGCCUCUGUGCGAAUAAACCUGGAUCCCUAUAACCAAAUUUCAGAUGAGAAACUGUGGACUGUUCUAGAAGAGGUUCAGAUGAAGAAUAUAGUACACCAGAUGAAUGGUGGCCUUGAUGCUUGUCUUGCAGAGGGUGGGACUAACCUCAGUGUUGGUCAGAGGCAGUUGUUGUGUUUGGCACGAGCCAUACUCAAGCACAGCAAAAUUCUUGUUCUUGAUGAAGCAUCAGCCAAUAUAGAUCUGAGGACUGAUGAGCUGAUUCAGGAACUUAUCCGCACCAAGUUCCAUGACUGUACAGUGCUGACUGUUGCUCAUCGACUGCAGACCAUUAUAGACAGUGACCGUGUUAUGGUGCUUCAGGCUGGCCACCUCAAAGAGUUUGAUGAGCCACACAUUUUGCUGCAGAACAAGAAUUCAUUGUUCUUCAACAUGGUCCAGCAGAUGGGACAGAACACCAGCCACCAGUUGCAGCAGAUUGCAGAAUAUGCCUAUCUACAAAAGCGAACUUCCUUGGGCAAACUGAAAGAUGAGUCUCAAUGAACGAACAACUGAAGCUCUUUUAACUUCAAGAAAAUGCUUGAAGUUAUACAAAGCCAUACAGUUAAGAAACAUUUACCAAAUGAAAAAUUUAUGCACAGUAUAUGAUUAAUUAUAUGAUAUGUCAUUAUUUGUAAGAGUAUAUUCUGCAUUGGCUACUGAGCAUCCCUGUCUCAGGGAUUCCCCUUCUGGUUUGUCACCAGCCUUUUGUCCCACAAUGUAUCUUUAUAGAUAUUUAUAUCCUGGUUGUUCAUUGAUGUGCGCACACUACAUGUAUGGUGAGAGAGAGAGAGAGAGAGAGAGAGAGGUGGGGGGAUUGAUUGAUUGACUGGUUGAUUUGGUUUAUGGCACAGAGAAAGGGAGAAUAACAGCAAGAGUUGAUAAUUACUCAGUUAGAACCAUGCAGAGAAAGGGAGAAUAACAACAGGAGUUGAUAGUUACUCAGUGAGAAGCAUGCAGUAUUGUCUAUGACAUAGUCAUCAUUGAAAAGCAAAAUUACAAAAAUUGAAUCAUGGAUUACAGGGAAUGAGUGCAUUGCCAACACUGCAUCAAUGCACAUAUUAAAUUGAUUGAAGGAUAGACAUAAAAUACAUAUAUCCAAUGACAGAUGUUUUCUCACAUUCACCAUUCCUUUGUGUUAUUUAACCCUUUACAAUGUUACAACACUAUAAAUUAAUUUCUUACA